CCUCCUCCCCCCAUUUUCUCUUCAUUUCCCUCCUCUUCCAGCAGUUCCGCAGGUUCAAAUUCUUCUCUCUGAGGGUGGCGGCGAUCGUGAGAUCACGUGAUGAGCAUCCUACUCCCUAACAUGGCUGAGUUUGACACCAUCUCGGAACUGGAGGAAGAAGAAGCGCCAUCGCCAUCAUCGUCUUCGUCGCCCUCGUCGUCUGUAUCUGGGCCCGACGAUGGCGAGGAAGAGGAGGAAGACGACGAGGAGGAGGAAGAGGAGGAAGAGGACGAGGGGGAAGAGGAGAUUUCGCCCCCGCCUCGUGUAGUGAGCGAGGAGAAUCUACGAAGAUAUGCCCCGGACCCGGUAUUGGUGCGGGGCGCCGGUCACAUCACUGUGUUUGGAUUAAACAACAAGUUUGAUACUGAAUUUCCCUCAGUUCUAACAGGGAAGGUGGCUCCAGAGGAAUUUAAGACCAGCAUUGGCCGUGUAAAUGCAUGCUUGAAACAGGCUCUCCCAGUCAAUGUGAAAUGGCUUCUGUGUGGAUGUCUCUGCUGUUGCUGCACACUGGGGUGCAGCCUGUGGCCUGUUAUUUGUCUCAACAAAAGAACCAGAAGGUCAAUUCAGAAGUUGUUAGAAUGGGAAAAUAACCGGUUAUAUCACAAGCUUGCUUUGCACUGGAAGUUGACCAAAAGGAAAUGUGAAACCAGCAAUAUGAUGGAGUAUAUAAGCUGCCACUUAAUAAUCAAACCACUACUUGAACAUAAAAGUCUCCAGACAAUAUUUCAAUAGAAUUUACUACAUUGACCCAGGAGAAUAUAGGAGUUACACUCAUGUUAUUAAUUGGAACAGUUUCCAAUAGUGGAAGUCCUUUUCAUUAAUUUGAAUGUAAGUGCUCAAAUUCAUUGGAAUUAUGUCCUGUUAUGCUUAUAAUGUGUGCUUUUAAAAAGAAGUCUAUUUUACAGUUGUCAAUAUUCAGGCUCUCUUAGUAGUGAAGUGUUGGAAAUUUUCACAGAAAAGGAAUGUUUUAUUAGUAUUUGUUCAUGUACUAUAUGGGCUAAAAAUUGAAGGAUAUAUAUAUACAUAUAUAUUACAUGUUUAUGUAUUUUAUAUAUAUAUUACAUAUUUAUGUAUAAUAAUGUGUGUGUGUAUAUAUAUAUGUGUGUGUAUAUAUGUAUAUAUAUAUCUUGCCCCAAAUUUCCCUUACCUGAUUCUGAGCCAGCCUUUUUAUUUUGAUGAUGGCAACCUGAGAAUACAUCCCUAUUUUCUGUGGAUUUUGUCAAACCCAUACUAUAUGAAGAAAUGAUCUAGUGUUGUGCGCCUCAAGUAAGUCACUUAAAGUGCAUGUCAGUCUUUUCAUCUGUAAAACUAUGGGAUUGAACGUGUAGCUGGACAGAAAAUUUGAGAUUAUUUAGCCUUCUGGGAUUCUAGGAAUCUUUAGGAACUCUUUACAGAAUCUCAGAACGAUUAUCUCAGAUCUGCUACUCAUGGUGGAAACUCUCAGUGCCUUGCACAGUAGAAGUUCAAUUUGCUGACUGGCUGCUAGUUGAUAUGCGUUAAUAUAAAAAAAAAAAACUCAAAGAACUCGAUGCUUGUUAGACCUUAGUUCCAUUGUAGAGAUAAAAGUGAAUGUAGUGUCCCUAGGAACUGAGGACUGGGGUCUCUGUACUUUGCCUAUGUAGAAUUGGACUAUGCAGUUGGUAUCCAGGCAAGAAUUAUAGCUGUGACCAAUAAUGGAGAUAUAGAAAGACCCACUUAAGAUUAUGUGAAGAGUUUCACAUCCUAUUCAGUAUCUGCUUCAGUGUUUUAGCAAGUUCCAUACCUUCAAAAAGAUCUUUUCAAAAAAAAAUUGAUGAAAUUAGGUGGAAAGGAACAUGAUGUGGAGUUCAAACCCACGUCGCUUCUGGUUUAAUUCUUAACUCUGCUGCUUAAUUCCUCUGUACCUCGUGUCCUCAUUGCUGAAGUGGGGACAAUAAUCUGGACCUACCUCACAGGGGAAUUGAGGAUUUUGUAAACAUACUAGUAUGCUUUGAAGUUGACUAAAAAAUACCUGGAUAUCAUAAUUAUAUGAUUUCUAAAUAGACGUUACUUUAAAUUCAUGUUGUUGUUUUCUUCCUCCUACCCUACAGAAUGAGUGUUCUAGUCUUAACCUAUUUUUCAGUAGUAAAUUUCAUUAUUAAUUUCCUAGUUGUUAAACAUGAUUAAUUGUAUUAAUACUUGAUUUAGGGAGGAAAAGUAGGUUAUGGUAAACCAGUGGUUUCCAUCUUGGGAAAAAUGAAAGUAGUAGUAGAGAGUAUCCUUGAGCCUUUCUCAAGAUUUAUUUAAAAAUAUGCUGGGGAUGGUGGUGCAUGCCUUUAAUCUCAGCACUUGUGAGGCAGAGGUAGAAGGAUGGCUGUGAGUUUGAGGCCACCCUGAGACUACAUAGUGAAUUCCAGGUCAGCCUGGGCUAGAGUGAAACGCUACCUCGAACCUCCCCCCUGCCAAAAAAAAAAAAAGAGAGAGAGAAUUAUUUCAAAAUAUAUACUAAAAACCACACAGUAACCACAUAUUCUUCUGAAAAGCCAGCUAAGAUAGGAAGUUUCCAUGAAUUUUGCUCAUUUUGUCAGCCUGCUUAUCAACACUGAUCAGAAGCUAUGAAUGACAGCAUGCUUUUGAUUAGUGGACAUGAGAAAGUCACUAUCAUGUAUAAUUUAAUUAAUACUUGAAAUACAGGGAAGGAAUCUUGAAGAGAUCCACAUAGUGAAAAUGUUUGGAGCUAAGAUUAUUUGACUCUCUCCACAGAUCAUUUAACUAGC